GUUACCUUUUCUCUCAAAUGUCUUAGAUAAAGUUGUAUUUAUUUACCUACAAGCAUUCCUAGCUGAACAUGAUAUUUAUCUCAGUGCAGAGAGACAUUCGGUCCAAGGCCUGUACUACGCAGAAACUACAUGCUAGCUGAAGUUGUACAGAAACUGAAAAGGACACAACUCCAAGCUGCUUCUCCUGCUCACUGUUACACUAGACCUGGAGAUGUGGAGUGUGAUUUCUGCACUGGGAGAAAACUCAAAGCCAUUAAGUCUAGUCUAAUGUGUCAGGCCUCCUUCUGUGAAACUCAUCUCAAACCUCACUAUGAAGUUCUUGGUUUGAAAAAGCACAAACUGAUUAAUGCCUCCUCACAGCUACAAGAGAAGAUAUGUUAUAUGUGUAUGAUGUAUGAACACAGAGGCCAUGAUACAGUUGCUGCUGUAGCAGAAAUAAAUGAAAAACAGAGGGAUCUAAUGGAGGUGCAGAGGAAAUUCCAGCUCAGAAUCCAGGAGAAAGAGAAGAAGGUCCAAGAGCUAAAACAGGCUGUGGACACUCUUAAGCGCUUUGCACAGGCAGCAGUGAACAACAAUAGGAGGAUUUUCACUGAGCUGAUCCGCUCCAUUAAGCAAAGGCGCUGUGAGGUGAGAGAUCUGAUCAGAGCUCAGGAGGAGGCUGAACUGAGUCGAGCUGAAAGACUCCUGGAGCAACUGGAGCAGGAGAUUGCUGAUCUUAAGAGGAGAGACACUGAACUGGAGCAGUUCUCCCAAACAGAUGAUGACAUCCAUUUCCUCCAGAGUUUCCAGUCUCUCUGUGUCUCUUCUGGAUCUGAGGACUCUCCCAGUAUCCCUGUCCAUCAACAUCCCUCAUUUGAUGGAGUGAAGAAAUCUAUCUCUGAUCUGAAAGAGCGACUAAAGGAAUUCUGCAAGGAGGAAUUCAACAAAAUCCUUCAACAUGCUGCAGUGGUUCAGAUUUUACCCUCAGAGCCAAAGACCAGGGAAGAUUUCCUGAAAUAUUUCUGUCAGCUGAGUCUGGAUGCAAACACAACACAUCGUCGCCUCAGUCUGUCUGAGAGGAACAAAGUGGUAACACGGAGUGAGAAAGUCCAUCUAUAUUCUGAUCAUCCAGAGAGAUUUGACUACUUGCCUCAGGUGUUGAGUAAGAAGAGUGUGUGUGGAUGCUGUUACUGGGAGGUUGAGCUAAGUAAUGGGUCUUAUGUGUUUAUAUCAGUCUCAUAUAAAGAUAUCAGCAGGAAAGGACACGGUAAGGACUGUAUGUUUGGAUUCAACAAUCAGUCCUGGAGACUGCAGUGUUUUUCCACUCUCUCUUUCUGGCAUAAUAACAUUAAGAAUGAGAUCCCAGGACCACCAUCCUCCAGAAUAGGAGUGUAUGUGGAUCACAGUGCAGGAACUCUGUCCUUCUAGAGUCUCUGACACAAUGACCCUCAUACACACAGUCCACACCACAUUCAUUCAGCCCCUGUAUGGUGGG